AUGGCGGCACAGGAAACGAGCCGCAGUGGCUUUGACUUUUCGGGCCACACGCGGAAUGCAUUCAUGUCUGAGCAUGGGCACGUUCUGCCGCGUGCAACAAGCACGGGUACGACGAUUGUUGGUCUCGUCUACAAAGACGGCGUUGUGCUCGGUGCGGAUACGCGUGCUACAGAAGGGUCCAUUGUAGCGGACAAGAAUUGCGAAAAGAUCCACUACAUUACCGACAAUAUCCGAUGCUGCGGUGCAGGAACUGCGGCCGACACCGAGUUUGUCACGAACAUGAUCUCGAGCAAUAUGCAGCUUCAGGAGCUGUCGUCGCGGAGGCGCGCGCGUGUCGUUGGCGCAAUGACGAUGCUGAAGCAACACUUGUUUCAGUACCAAGGCCACGUUGGUGCUGCACUGGUCCUUGGUGGCUACGACUGUACCGGUCCCCAGCUCUUUACCAUUGCACCGCACGGUUCCACGGACAAGUUGCCGUACGUCACGAUGGGUUCGGGGUCUCUCGCCGCCAUGUCGGUCUUUGAGAGCGGCUGGCGUGCAGACAUGGAGGAACAAGAGGCCGUCGAUCUCGUCGUUGCUGCGGUCGAGUCUGGUAUUUUCAACGACCUUGGCUCGGGCUCGAAUGUCGAUGUGUGUAUCAUUCGCGAGAAAAACACGCAGAUGCUGCGCAACUACCGCAAGCCAAACGAGCGUGUACAAAAGGAGCAGAACUACAAGUUUCCGCGCGGCACGACGGCAUGGACACGCGAAGAAAUCUACAACAUGAUUGCCAAGGAAGACAUUCUUGGAUACGGCCUUGCACCACCCGUAGAGUCCAUGGAGACGGACACUAUCGACGCGGCGUAG